CAGCUACCCAUUCUAUAUUUUCACAUUAAGCGACAUCAUUAAAUUGGUCAUCUCACUCAAAAGCGCAUAAAAUGUUUCAUAAAUUUUCAGCGAAUUCGUUUAUACUUCCAUAUAACAAUCUCUUAAUUGAGACACUUUCCGUUGACCGGCAAUGAAAAAAGGAAAUUAAUUCUUGGAAUGCUUUAUACACCUGACAAAUUUACGCGGAAGGCGGUUUCGGAUGAAAAUGGCCAGCUGAGAGUUCCCGGACGGGAACGGUGCCAAACAAAGCACAAGGAAAUGGGAAAUCGCCGGGAAGGUCAGCAACCAGAAUCCGGGGGAGAGAUCUCGCUUUUGCCUAUUAAUCAACAAGUGGACGAGUGUGACAUGUCCAGGCAGGCGCGGCUCACACUUUAUGAAUCGACGGACAUUGUGAGUAAUUUAUAUCAUAUGUAUUAUAUUAUAUUAUAUAUAUAUCUAUCCAAGCGAAUAACGCACAUGGCUUUUCGAGUCACGCAAAAGUUUUGUCCAACACUCAGAGUCAUUGAACGUCCAAGGCGGAAAUCACAGAGAGUUCGAUAAAAAACGGAAGUCAUCGCAUUGUAAAGGAUAGCAAGUAAAAGUAUCUUAUGGACAGAUUGCAUGCCAGCAAACUGCUGCGAACAAAAUAUUCCCUGUCCAGGAGUAAAAAAUGAGGAUUGGGCGAUCGGACGAUGGACGAUGGAGCUACGAGGUUUGCGUGCCAAACUUUUCCAGCUAAAUUAAAUUAUUAAAGAGUCUGCCGGGCCAAAAGGUGGAAGCAGGCAAAAUUCAUUGCCGGCUUUCACACGCCACAAAAGAAAUGCUCUUUGUUGUUAAAUUUUAAAAUAACUAUUUAUUUUCUAAUGAA